GAAAAUAUAAAACACGGGCCGUAGCUGAAGGUCGUGUGACGUUAUCGGGAUGAUUCUUGUUUUGUGUCUCUUUGCGUUCGCGCAUCAAGCCACAGUAAACUCAUUGACUUUUGAAUUAGAAGACAGGUCUUCUCAGUGCUUUUAUGAGGAGUUUUCCUUGGGUGAUAGCUUUAAUUUAGCGUUCAACGUAAUAUCCGGUGGGAAUUACGAUGUAGACAUGGUGCUUGAGGAUCCUCACAAAAAUGUCAUUAGAUCAUUUCACCGUUCAAGUUCUGAUGAAGUCACUGUUGAUGUUGCUGUAGGAGGUAUUUAUAAGGUUUGCUUUAGUAAUUAUUUCUCUUCUAUAUCUCACAAAGUUGUGUCGAUGAUGUGGCACAAUUCCAGUUCUAAUCCUCCAGAAAGUUCAUCACUUUCAGGUGUUAGUACCCAGAUUUCAGAGAGUUUAUAUAAUUUACACUCAACAAUUUCCAAGGCUAUAACUCAGCAGUUUGAAAGUCGUGUACUUUUAACACGAUCUUUUUCAAAUGCAAUUUUUCUUCAUUAUCGUGUACUAUAUUGGUCAUUAGGUCAAGCAUUGGUUAUUAUUUUAUUUGGAAUUGGUCAAGUCUUAGUUAUGCGAUCGUUCUUUACAUCUCCAUCAAAUCAACGAUCUACAAAGCCUAUUCCAAUGUCUACUACACCAUUACAUACAGUUAGCUUUUAAUAAAUUUUUUUUCUUUUCAACUGGUAUUUAUUAUCAUUGAAAUACCGAAAUUCUUUCUGUACCGAACGUUUUCUUUUAGAACACAUUCAUGUGAUAUGUAUGACAAAGUGAUUUUCUAUUCACUUCUUUAUAAAACUAGACCUCUUUUUUAUUACAUAUCUUCUGGUUUCCUUACCUCUUUUUUUUGAUUUUUUUGAUAUACCUGUUUAUUGUUAUGUUCUAUAAAUGAUAUCAAUUUUAUUUUUUAGCCUUCAUAUUGUUUGUAAAACAAAGUUUCUUUAAGAAGAAAAACUCCUUUGUUGAUCACUCCAUGUUUUGGUCUUGUUGUUUUGUUGUUUGUUUGUUUGUUUGUUUGUUUCUAAAUGAGAAAAAAACCCACGUUCCAUCUUACACAAUGUAUCUUAGAUACAUACGUAUGUAUAAUUAGAUUUGAGUCUUUUGAUUAAACCAUCAUUUAAAAUGAUUUUUAAAAAAAUACUAUUUCUGUUAAGUUUAUUUUGAUAAUAGGGUUUUGUGAAAUUAUAUUAUUAUUCUAGUAUAAGCUACUAUAGAUAGUUGUAUUUGAGAUAUUUGCUCUGUUUUUAUCUAAAUAAAUCGAGAUCAUAGUUGAAAGGGAAAACUAUUCAUGGUGUUUUGUAUAGUUAAGCUUUAUCAUGUUUUCAUUAUGCUUAAUUCGUCUUUUAAAUAACUUUACUUGUUUCAAUAAAUAAAUUUUGUGGUUAUCUUAUUCCAUGUUGAAAAAAAUAAGAAUUAUUUGAAGCAAA